AUGGCAACUCGUCUAGCACUGGCGAUGACGGUGCUGGCUUUUGUCCGUUGCAGUGUCUUUGCGCAGAGACCUCGCGGUCCUGUGCGUACAGGUCCAGAGGCGCGUGGCCGUGAGCAAUUCGGCGCGGGCAAUGGCAACGGGUUCGGUGGUGGAAUGGGCGGUCUGAACGGAGGUGGCAACGGGUUUGGUGGUGGAAUAGGCGGCCUGAACGGAGGCGGCAACGGGUUCGGUGGCGGAAUGGGCGGUCUCAACGGAGGCGGCAACGGGUUCGGUGGCGGAAUGGGCGGUCCAGGUGGCGGCGGUGGUGGUUUCGGACAGCCGGGUGGGUUCGGCGGUGGCAAUCAGUUUGGCGUCGGAGCAGGAGGCAACGGUGCUGCACUCGGCCAGGGUGGUAGAACCACGACCGGAUUCAUGAAUGGCGCUGGAGGUGCUGGAGCUGGAGCUGGCAACGCAAUUGGCGACGCAGAUGGACCAGACAACGGAAGACUUGACAAUGGGGGUCCUGCGACUCCCGCGCCAACGGUGCCAGCAGGUGGACGGAACAACGGCGCGGGUGCUGGUGCGGCUCCCGGUAGAGCAGGUAAUGGUGGGCUCGGAGCUGGUGCGAAUGCUGGUACUGGUGCCAUCGGACCUGGAGCUGCAGGUGCUGGCGGGUUCCCAGGCGCCAAUGGGAUCGGCGGAGGGCAAUUCGGCGGAAUGGGAGGAGGCAUCGGUCAACAGGGUCUCAAUCGUCCAUUUGGUGGUGGCAUGGGCGGCUUCGGCGGGCGUCCGGGUGGCAACGGCGAUACGAACGGCUUCGAUGGCCCUCGUGGGAUGAACGGCGGGAUGAACGGCGGGAUGAACGGCGGGAUGAACGGCGGGAUGAAUGGCGGAGCUGGAGGGUUUGGUGCUCAAGGCACCCGAUUCGGCGCAGCCGGUGCCUUUGGUGGUGGUGUGUCUGGUCAAACUGUCGGAAACGGCGACGACCUGUAG